AUCCAUCAAAAUGAGCAAAGUUUCUCCUACCUUGAAGGUCAACCCAAACGACCAAAUCCUCACUGUCGCCGCUGGCUGUUUUUGGGGUACUGAACACAUGUUCCGCAAGCACUUCGGCACCAAGGGGUUGGUGGACUGUAAGGUCGGGUACGCGAACGGGUCUACCGUUAACCCAACCUACGGUGACGUCUGUAAGGGCACCACCGACCACGCCGAGGCGUUGCAAAUCUCUUUCGACCCGAGCGUCGUUUCCUUGAAGGAAUUGGUCAAGUUCUUCUACUUGAUGCACGAUCCAACUACCUUGAAUGCCCAGGGCCCAGAUUUGGGCACCCAAUACAGAUCUGGGAUCUUCUACAACACCGCCGAGGAGGCCACUGAGAUCGACGCGGUCGAAGCUGAAGUACAGGCCAAGUUCUACCCCAACCACAAGAUUGUCACUACCAAGGAACCAUUACAGCAGUUCUGGGAUGCCGAAGACUACCACCAGUUGUACUUGAAGCAGAACCCGGGAGGCUACGCCUGUCCAUCCCAUUUCCUCAGAACUUCUCCGAAAGUUUAGAAUUGUGGAGCUUCUACGAAGCUUAGAUCCAUCUGAAUUUACCCAAUGACUAUGCUCCGCCUGAGGUUAUUGGGUCUAUGUAUGUUGCGUAUGGGUGCAUGCUAGCCACCCGUUCUAUACUACUUCAAUCGGAUUGACUUGGCUUUAAAUUUUAAUGAAAUGAAUGACUAAUCGUA